ACAAAGUUACGUUAUAUAUCGAAAUUAUUAUCGUUCGUUAUGAAACAAUAUCAUUGACGAAUUAUACCGUAGUAUUAUUUUCAUUUUACUUCACGUGUUCCAUCGAACUAAUUUAUAUCACAUAUAAACAAAGUAAAGCUUUUCAAUUAUUCUACAAUGAAUUAUAUUUGAAGAAAUUCAAUGUAAAUGUUUUUUUUUUUUCAUUUUUGUCAAACAAUAAUCGAAAGAAUUUUUCUCAUUGUUAUAUCAAAAGGAACAUGUCAUUUUUUUAAAAACAAUAAUCAAUGUGCAAUGUAUAUAACCUAUAAUAAUAUUAUUUUUCAAUUUUAUGUAACAAGUAAUAUGUAAAUUAAGUGUUAAAAAUCUUACGAAUAAUUAUUUAAAAAUGACAAUUGUCGAUUAUAUACAUACUCUCUCGGAGAAUCCUUACUUUGGUGCUGGAUUUGGCCUUUUUGGCGUAGGAGCUGGUGCUGCUAUAUUAAGAAAAGGAAUGCAAAUGGGCAUGAUAUUCUUUAGGCGACAUUAUAUGAUUACUUUGGAAGUUCCAUGUCGAGACAAAAGUUAUCAAUGGCUUUUGCAAUGGAUUACACAUAAAGGUGCUAGAAAGACUCAACAUUUAUCCGUUGAGACAAGUUUUGAACAAAAGGAAACAGGUCAAAUAAAAACCAAAUAUGAUUUUAUACCUAGUAUUGGAACACACUUUUUUAAUUAUCAAGGUAAUUGGAUAAGAGUUGAAAGGACAAGGGAACAACAAACAUUAGAUUUGCACAUGGGUGUACCAUGGGAAACGGUACAGCUAACAGCCUUUGGAAGAGACAAAACUUUAUACUUUAAUAUUCUUGAAGAAGCUAGACAAAUGGCUUUAAAGGAGCACGAAGGAAAAACUAUAAUGUAUGUUGCAAUGGGCAGUGAAUGGAGACAAUUUGGACAUCCUAAAAAGAAAAGACCAAUAAAGUCUGUGAUUUUAGAUGCUGGAAUAUCUGAACGAAUUUUAUAUGAUUGUAAAGACUUUAUUAAUACCCCAUCAUGGUAUAGCGAUAGAGGAAUCCCUUAUAGGAGAGGAUAUUUGUUAUAUGGUCCACCAGGUUGUGGAAAAUCAUCUUUUAUAACAGCAUUAGCAGGAGAAUUAGAACGUGGUAUAUGCGUUCUAAAUUUGUCUGAACGUGGCUUAACAGAUGAUAGAUUAAAUCAUUUAUUAGCAGUUGCUCCACAACAAACGAUUAUUCUUCUUGAAGAUAUAGAUGCUGCAUUUAUUAGUAGAGAAGAAUCUAAGGAAGUUAAAGCGGCAUUUGAUGGUUUAAACAGAGUUACGUUUAGUGGUUUAUUAAAUUGUUUGGAUGGUGUUGCAUCUACAGAAGCAAGAAUUCUAUUUAUGACAACUAAUUAUCUAGAACGUUUAGAUCCUGCUCUUGUGAGACCUGGUAGAGUUGAUGUCAAAGAAUAUAUUGGUUGGUGCAGUUGUAGUCAAGUUGAACAAAUGUUCUUAAGAUUUUAUAAGUCCCCUGACAAUGUAACAAGAGAUAUGGCAAAACAAUUUGCAAACGAAGUGAUGGCUCAAAAGAAAAAUGUUAGUCCUGCUCAAAUCCAAGGAUUUUUUAUGUUCCAUAAAAAUGAUCCAGAAAAGGUUAUAAAUAAUAUUAAAGGAAUAUGGGAACUUUCAUAAUAAGUUGAUACUACUUUUUUUUUCUUUUCUUUUUUUUUUUUCCCUCUCUGUAGGAACACUUUGUAAUAUUAUACUUUAACUGUAUCAUAACUAGGUGAUAUGAGAUAUACUUUAUUUAUGUAGGUAACCUGUGAAAAAAUAUAAACUGUAAUCAGAUGAGA